UUCUUUUCGCCUGUUCCCCCUCUCUCUGCCUUCCAUCCAUUUUUCUCUCCUUCUCCUCCUCCUCACUCCUCAGCGUCCUUUUUCCUUCCACUCUCUCUCUUCAGGUUUUCCUUGCAUUUACCUUCAAAUCCAUCACCAUGUCUGACGAGCACCACGAGACCUUCGAGUCCGCCGAUGCCGGCGCCUCGACCACCUACCCCAUGCAGUGCUCUGCUCUGCGCAAGAACGGUCACGUUGUCAUCAAGGGUCGCCCCUGCAAGAUCGUCGACAUGUCCACCUCCAAGACUGGCAAGCACGGUCACGCCAAGGUCCACCUUGUCGCCCUUGACAUCUUCACCGGCAAGAAGUACGAGGAUCUGUCUCCCUCCACCCACAACAUGGACGUCCCCAACGUCUACCGCAAGGAAUACCAGCUCCUCGACGUCACUGACGACGGCUUCCUUUCCCUGAUGGAUGAGGAUGGAAGCACCAAGGAUGAUGUCAAGCUCCCCGAGGGUGAGAUUGGUGACAAGAUCGAGCGCAUGUUCAGAGAGGAGGAGAAGGACUGCAACGUCACUGUCCUCACCUCCAUGGGUGAGCAGUGCUGCAUGGAUGUCAAGGAGGCUCCCCAGGGCAAAUAAACGCCUUAAUCGUGUUCACGGAUCUUGUGACUGCCCUGUCAGCUUUUCUGUGCUC